AUGUCCCAGCCAGAAGCGGCCCCGCUGGCGACCAACGGCUCGGGGGCCGGGGAGGUGGCCGGGGCUCAGCUGCGCUGGGCUGCUCUGCUCAUCAUCAUGGUCAUCAUCGCCACCAUCGGGGGCAACAUCCUGGUCAUCUUGGCCGUGUCGCUGGAGAGGAAGCUGCAGAACGCCACCAACUACUUCCUGAUGUCCCUGGCAGUGGCCGACCUGCUGGUGGGACUCCUGGUGAUGCCCAUCGCCCUCAUCACUGUGCUCUACAGUAAGUCACCCCAACAUGACUGCCCGCUUGCCGUGCCAUGAGAAAGGACCCCAUCACUGGCACAUUCACUUAAAACUCAAGACACUGCUUAUACUAAAAUCUACUGGUCCUACAAGUGUGAACAGUUCAUAGAACUGUGACCCGAUAAUUGCCUCAACAUCAACUAAAUUUAGAAUUAUUCCUUUUCAGCCCCAAUACGGCAACAUAUCGCUGAUUCAAGCGAAAAGGCUGGCCUAGUACUUGUGCUUAGCUUGGCUCCGAUAAAUUAGGUCUAAAUUGCACUUGGUCACCCCAGUCCCCAUGGAGCUGCCAUUAUAAAGCUGCUGUCAGUUGAGAGCCCCGGGAAACACCUGAGCGCAACGGUUCAGUAAAUGUGCAUUGCAAAGCAGAAAGCCAUUACAGAAUUGCGUUCAUCAUUUGUUAACAGAACAGAGCACAAAAUAGGCAUGCAUAUUUACGAUAAUUCAAGAGCUGCAGAGUUUAAAAUAGGACGCCAAUAGAGAUGCUGCUGAAUCUCCGCCAGCUAUAAACAAAUUAUAGCAGAUGACAAAAACACAAGAUAGUGGACAAUAAACAAACUACUUCCUUUGGCUGUGUAAUCACGGCCGAAGCACAGCCCUAUCAGAUACCAAUGAUCAUGAUGACCCAAUUUCUGCACGACUUUCACAGAUAACUUUCCAAAUCGCAAACCAACCUCUCCCUCGGCUCACACACUCAUUCACUUCGGCCGCGAGGGGAAAAAUUAAAGAUACAAGCGCAAACUGAAAACAUUCGGAUUCGAUUCCACUAAGUGAUGUAGCUAGCUGUACAACUACAGCUGUGCUUCAAAAUGCAGAAUUAAACACCUGCCUCUGUGCUCUUCUGACACAGAACUUAAGCAGGGCCAUUACUCCUCAUUAAAUCUAUUGGAGAAAAUGGCCCUGCGACACACACACACCAACCACCCCACCUUGUCCAUGCGUGGCAGGAAUCUGAUCUCAAGUCAUGCUUUCAGAAAACAAGCACUUUCUUUGCAUAAGAACCAUAUGUGCCGUGCAAACAGCGAGGCAUGAGGCAAACUGCUAAGGGGGGGAAGCUGCUCCAUCGCAUCUUAAUGCAGUCCAUCGGGGCAAGACGCAUGGAAAGGAGGGGAUAAACAAAGUCAAGGCCAUGUCCUCAUGCUUAUCAUGUCAAUCAAUCCCUGUGUCUUUAAGAGCGUCUUCGUUCUAAAUCUGGAGAACAUGAGUAGAUGGAUUGUCUUAAGUGACCAUAGUUGACAGAAAGGGCCAAGACCGCAGUGUAAACAGCUAGUGGCUUUUGAAGAGAAGUAGCCUUUGUUCAGAGGAUGGAGAGGGGCUGUGUGUGAGUAUGUGUAUGCACGUGUAAGUGCACACAGAGCUCGUCUGAAUGUGUGAAUGUACAGAAUGGAUGCAAGGUCCGACCGUUCAGGGGCAGCUGUCAUUUCUCUCCUGGCUGGAGACAAGAGCACACAGCGGGGGUGGGGGUCAGGGGGACAUAAACAGAGUUUAGUGCUUCACGCCAAGCCUUUAGAGCCUCUCGACAUGGUGGGCCAGUUAAGGCCUGUGUACAUCCAGGCCGGCGGCGCUAAGAACAGUGGGUGUAGGCAAACGGCGAGAGAGGGGAUCAGUGCUCACAUCCAAAUCCUACCAGACAUUUACCAGAAGACAGAGACAACAUGUUAUAGCUACUUGUUAUAUAACCGCAGUAUCGUCACCACUAAUAUAUCACUGCCAUUAAACCCAAGACUCUCUAAAUUCCAAAUAAACCACAACUACAUAGAGACAACUACAUAGCAUAGAGAAAGUGCCAGCAAUUCUUGGUUUUUGAACAUUUCUCCACUUUCUUCUGUGUCUGCCUGGAUAAAUAUCUCCUCUCUGUCCCAAGCCCUGGCUGUGGGUGAAGUGCCAGACUAAUCACAAUUAGCCUAGCUAUUGCCUCAAACAUCCAAUAUUAAUGAGUUGGUGAACCCAAUCAUAGUUAAACCUUCCUCCAAAAUGAAACCUUUUACUGAUAAAGAGGGCAGGGCUAGUGUCAAUUGAUGUCUAUAACAGCUGUAAGAAGUCCUGAGGGUCUUUUCCACAUCUGCCUAGCAGAUGAAUUUAAGGCUUACAGUCAACACCUUGAAAAAUUAAAUGGUUCCACUGUUUAAAAGGUGCACUGACUAUACUACAGUGUAAACCUAAAUAUACAGCUGAAUAAGCCUCGGGUGACCAUAGACACCCAUUAAGAAAAGCUAUUUGAAGGACUCGGCAGGGAGGCGCCUACCAUAGUGCCAUGUUUGCGAGGUAGUGCCACGAGAAGUGUUUAUAUUGAGGACAGAGAUAAAUGUUUACUUAAAUAUAUUUGGGCCUUGGGACAACUGGGGCACAAGACCUGACAGUCCAGAAACUAUGUUAAUUUCUCUACCACCAGAGUGAAAAGUAGAGUGACGAUUAAGAUUUCACGAAAUAGCCCACCAGCCCAUAAGUGUCACUAUGGUCGACAUUCCUCUGAACCAAGGGAAUGACAGAACAUUCUUACCCUUCUUCACUAAUGAGCUCAAUACUGUCUGUUUCAGGGAGAGGUCACGCUUUUAGAAGGCAUGCCUCGGUCCCAGACUCACCCAGUCUACCCACAAACAACAGGUAGGCUUAGAUCUACAUUUCCCACUCAACCAGAGCUGUCUUUUAACCUAGACUUAACCAGAAUUCGUUUGGAGAACCCUCAAUCAAAACAUGCCAGAUUUAAAAUGUGAACAACCUACAGACUAGCAAAUUAGCACUCCGGAGGAGAGCUUAAAACAAGAACAAUACAAUUUAUGAACGAAUGCUGCCUUGAAGGACCUCAGUGCAAACAAAAAAAUCUGGAAGUUCUUACAGCCUUCAAAAUACUACAAUUAUUUACUUUCAUCUGUGGGACAUCCAUUGUCAAACAAAGUAUCUAGCAAAGACUACAUGACCAAAAGUAUGUGGACACCUGCUCGUCGAACAUCUCAUUCCAAAAUCAUAUAAUAAUAUAUAAUAUGGAGUUGGUCCCCCCUUUGCUGCUAUAACAGCCUCCACUCUUCUGGGAAGGCUUUCCACUAGAUGUUGGAACAUUGCUGCGGGGGCUUGCUUCCAUUCAGCCACUAGAGCAUUAGUGAGGUAGGGCACUGAUGUUGGGCAAUUUGGCCUGGCUCGCAGUCAGCGUUCAAAUUCAUCCUGAGGGUGUUCAAUGGGGUGGAGGUCAGGGCUCUGUGCAGGCAAGUCAAGUUCUUCCACACCGAUCUCGACAAACCAUUUCUUUAUGGACAUCGCUUUGUGCACGGGGGCAUUGUCAUGCUGAAACAGGAAAGGGCCUUCCCCAAGCUGUUGCCACAAAGCUGGAAGCAAAGCAUUGUCUAGAAUGUCAUUGUAUGCUGUAGCUUUAAGAUUUCCCUUCACUGGAACUAAGGGGCCUAGUCUGAACCAUGAAAAACAGCACCAGACCAUUAUUCCUCCUCCACCAAAAUUUACAGUUGGCACUAUGCAUUGGGGCAGGUAGCGUUCUCCUGGCAUCCGCCAAACCCAGGUUCGUCCGUCGGACUGCCAGAUGGUGAAGCGUGAUUGUUCACUCUAGAGAACACGUUUCCACUGCUCCAGAGUCCAAUGGCGGCGAGCUUUACGCCACUCCAGCCGACGCUUGACAUUGCGCAUGGUGAUCUUAGGCUUGUGUGCGGCUGCUCGGCCAUGGAAACCCAUUUCAUGAAGCUCCCGACUAACAGUUCUUGUGCUGACAUUGCUUACAGAGGCAGUUUGGAACUCAGUAGUGAGUGUUGCAACCGAGGACAGACUAUUUUCAUGCGCUCCGCGCUUCAGCACUCGGCGGUCCCGUUCUGUGAGCUUGUGUGGCCUACCACUUCGCGGUUGACCCGUUGUUGCUCCUAGACGUUUCCUCUUCACAAUAACAGCACUUACAGUUGAACGGGGCAGCUCUAGCGGUGCAGAAAUUUGACAAACUGACUUGUUGGAAAGGUGGCAUCCUACUACGGAGCCACGUUGACAGUCACUGAGCUCUUCAAUAAGGCCAUUCUACUGCCAAUGUUUGGCUACGGAGAUUGUAUGGCUGUGUGCUCGAUUUUAUACACCUGUCAGCAACGGGUGUGGCUGAAAUAGUCAAUUCCACUAAUUUGAAGGGGUGUCCAGAAAGACCAUGAAACAAUUGUGAUGGCCAGAUCAGAGUUUAAGAUUUAGGAUGAGUUUACAGAUGCACUGAAAAAAAAAAGGAUUCCCAUAUAAAGUAUGGAGCCCCUUAAGAACUGUGUGCAUGUCUUGUGUAAUCAGAGAGCCUGACAGACAUCAAUGGCGCAGGACAGAGUGUUUAUACCCUGGUAUUUGCUGGAACGGGGACAUUUUCUAAAGUAAGCAAUAAUAAUAAUUAUCGUAAUUACAAUAAUAAUACUCAAAGACAGCCCUUUAAUAAGACAGCAUUUUCAGCUUUGUUUUUGUUUGAGUCCAAACUGGCUUUCUCCCACUUUGGAAUGGUGACCUCACCCUACACUAGAGGUUUGUAGCUCUGUUUUCAAAGUAUUCGCUCUCUCACAGAGUAGCCGGUCCACUACAAAUGGCUUCAUACGUUUGACUUAGAAAUGUGGCCACCUUGGCAAAACAUAUACUGAACAAAAAUAUAAACGCAACAUGUAAAGUGUUGGUUCCAUGUUUCAUGAGCUGAAAUAAAAGAUCCCAGAAAUGUUCCAUACGCACAAAAUGCUCAUUUCUCCUUUGCCAAAAUAAUCCAUCCACCUGUGGCAUAUCAAUAAGCUGAUUAAACAGCAUGAUCAUUACACAGGUGCACAAUAAAAUACCACUAAAAUGUGAAGUUUUGUCACAAAAGAAUGCCACAGAUGUCUCAAGAUUUGGGGGAGCGUGCAAUUGGCAUGCUGGCUGCAGGAAUGUCCACCAAAGCUGUUGCCAGAGAAUGUAAUCUUAAUUUCUCUACCAUAAGCCAACUCAGUUGUUUUAGAGACUUUGGAAGUUUGUCCAACCGGCCUCACAACCGCAGACCACGUGAAACCACGUCAGCCCCUCCACAUCCAGCUUCUUCACCUGCAGGAUCGUCUGAGACCAGCCACCUGGACAGCUGAUAAAGCUGUGUGUUUGCACAACCAAAGAAUUUCAGCACAAACUGUCAGAAACCAUCCCAGAGACAAGAUCCUGAGGCCCAUUGUCGUGCCAUUCAUCUGCCGCCAUCACAUUCAGCAUGAUAAUGCACAAAAUUGCACACUCCUUUGUAAAUUGUCACGAUUGAAACCAGCUGCAUUCUAUGAGAACAUGUCGCAAGGAUCUGUCCACAAUUCCUGGAAGCUGAAAAUAUCCCAAUUUUUCCAUGGACUGCAUACUCAGACAUAUCACCCAUUGAGCACGUUUGGGAUGCUCUGGAUCGACGUGUACAACAGCAUGUUCCAGUUCCAGCCAAAAAUCCAGCAAUUUCGCACAGCCAUUGAAGAGGAGUGGGACAACAUUACACAGGCCACAAUCAACAGCCUGAUCAACUCUAUGCGAAGGAAAUGUGUCGUGCUGCAUGAGGCAAAUGGUGGUCACACCAGAUACUGACUGGUUUUCUGAUCCACGCCCCUACCUUUUUUUUAAGGUAUCUGUGACCAACAGAUGCAUCUGUAUUUCCAGUCAUGUGAAAUCCAUAAAUUAGGGCCUAAUGAAUUUAUUUCAAUUGACUGAUUUCCUUAUAUGAACCGUAACUCAAUAAAAUCUUUGAAUUUGUUGCAUGCUGCGUUUAUAUUUUUGUUCAGUGUACAUCUUCAGAAACUUUACCAGCAGACAUUUAUAAACUCUGAUCUAAGCACUUAAUAUCACCACAUGCACAGAAUAUGUUGAGAGUAUGAGCUUAUUCCCAUAGAGAGAAAAAAAGUAUCUUUGUCCAUGUUAAGUAGACACAGAUGACAGCAAUUAAAGGGCUCACAAAAAUAUACUCUUAGAAAGUACCUAUCGAAGUUUAUUUAAAUAUCACACAGAAAAUAUUUCUAAAUUAAAAAAUAAGGAGAAAAGGCAAAUGGUGCAUCCAGCUGAACAAAGCACCUGAAAUGGUGUGCAGUGGAACCCAAUAAAGAGGGUAAGGGGUGUCCAUUACAGUCCUAGGGCGCAUGUAAAACAUGAAGGGAGGACACUAAAAUAGUGUUCAAGAACCAUUUAUUCAAAAGUGCAUUACUUUUAUAAUUGUAUAUGAAUAUACAAUAUUAGUAGUAAAACUUUUAUACAAAAAUUAAUGUGAUAUAUUCACUAAUGCUCGAGUUAUGAAGCACAAGCAAUCAGCUAAAGGGUUAACACUAAAGAAAUCAUUCAAAAACCUUUCCAACAACAGGAUCUUUUACAAUGCUGAUGUGCAAUGGGACAUAACCCAGCCCAAUUACUCACCAAUUUCACAUUGGAGACCCAAAAUAAACAGUUCUGGAGAGAAGGGUGCUUGAACACAUCUACAUCAAGAGCAUAGAGCUUUCAGCUCCAUACACAGUCAUAAGAGCUGCAGUAAAUUCAUUCUUUACUAAAAUAAACAAACAGAAUUCACUACAUCAGAGCUGGUUUUAAUCCACUAUUGAAGCACAUCUCCCCAUUGCUGGUGGGGUCAACAACACAAGCUCUAUUUAUAAUACAAUAGGUGUGCUGAGGCCAUUAGAGCACAUCAGAAAUUAUACUGAACAAAAAUAAAUGCAAACAUUUCAAAGAUUUUACUGAGUUACAGUUCAUAUACGGAAAUCAGUCAAUUGAAAUAAAUAAAUUAGGCCCUAAUCUAUGGAUUUCACAUGACUGGGCAGGGGUGCAGCCAUGCCCUCCAAGGCCCACCCACUUGGCAGCCAGCCAAUUAAAAUGUGUUUUACCCCCACAAAGAAAAAGGGCUUUAUUACAAACAGAAAUACUCCUCAGCACCCCCUCCUCCCCCUAAAACGACAUUGAAGGCAGCUUAUGGUAGAGAAAUGAACAUUAAAUCAUCUGGCAACAGCUCUGGUGGACAUUCCUGUAGUAAUCAUGCCAAUUGCUCACUCCCUCAAAACUUGAGACAUCUGUGGCAUUGUGUUGUGUGACAAAACUGCACAUUUUAGAGUGGCCUUUUAUUGUCCCCAGCACAAGGUGCACCUGUGUAAUGAUCAUGCUGUUUAAUCAGCUUCUUGAUAUGCCACACCUGUCAGGUGGAUGGAUUAUCUUGGCAAAAGAUAAAUGCUCACUAACAGGGACGUAAACUAAUUUGUAAACAAAAUUUGAGAGAAAUAAGCUUUUUGUGCGCAUGGAACAUUUUUGGGAUGUUUUAUUUUAGCUCAUGAAACAUGGGAUGAACACUUUACAUGUUGCGUUUAUAUUUUUGUUCAGUGUAGUCCUGUUUUCAAAUGGGAAUAAUCCAAAUAGAUAGCAAUUCAAUUCAGAUUGUUAAAACAAAAUCAUGACUUACAGUCACUGAAAUCUAAAUUAAAUAAGGCUUAUCUGAAGUAAGGUGAACACAUUUAAAAGAUUUAGCACCACAGUAAUCAAGUUUGAGAACUGUAUUGUUUUAAUCUCAAAUGGUUCUGUAUUGGCCUAUGAGAGCAGUUAACAAUCCAAUGCUUUCCAUCUUUUUUCUGUUUCUCAGAUUCCGGGUGGCCUCUUCCGGAAUUCCUCUGCCCAAUCUGGCUCUUCCUGGACGUCCUGUUCUCUACAGCGUCCAUCAUGCACCUAUGUGCCAUCUCACUGGACCGCUACAUAGCCAUCAAGAAGCCCAUUCAGCACAGCCAGUAUAAGUCUAGGUCCAAAGCCAUGGCCAAGAUAGCAGUGGUGUGGCUCAUAUCCAUUGGUAAGCUGCUCUGUUUUUUUUGUCCUGUGUUGACUGUUGAUUUCUGCAAUGUUUCUACAGUGACAGUUUGAUUGAGGUACUUUAGUCUACAUCAUUGCAGUUCAAUUCCUUAGCAUCUGUGGCAAGCCUGGUUGAUGGUCAGAAAAGAAAGCCGGAUGCAAUAAAAACAGAAGCUAUAUAAAGUUUCACAUACAGUGGGGUGAAGUUUCUAGGGAGGGAAUUCAACACAGUAACAGAGUAUCAGAGUGAUAGCAGUCAAGGUGACCUGUGGGAAAACCCAGUAAACGAUCCUGAAAGACUUGCACAAAAGAAGCAUAAAAUGAAAAGGGGGGUUAAAGGAUUUUGAGAGUAUUCCUCCAGGAAGGAAAUUCAUUUUACAUCACCACUAGGGCUGUGACGGUCAUGACAUUUUGGAUGACGGUAAUUGUCCUGCCAAAUGACCGUGUUCACCAUAAUAACAGCAUUUUAAAAAACAGCAUUUUAUACAUUCCUUCGCUCCUGACUGCAUGUGCGGUCAUAGAAAUAGAAUGAAUAGAACCGGCGUCCAUAUUCAAGUCAAUGAUGGCAUAAUGGGUGGACUGGUGGCCUUUGCGAGUGUACCCAUAGGAGCAAUGCAGGAGGUAAAAUGUGCUAAGAAAUGUGCUGUGAUUUGUUGAUUCAAAUCAACUGACAUUACAAAAACAUACAUCAGUUAACAUCAUCUGAAGGAAAUUAUUGCAUCACAAUACCAGGCAGCCAUUGUGAGUGUACCCAGGAGUUUACCUACCAGUCAAAUUACCAGAGUUUAUACUUGUCCGGUUUAUACUUGGUCUAACGACAUGUCUGUAGACAAUUAGAAUGCAACAAGUGUUGCUGGUCAAAACAACAUUUAAUUUAUAUCCGGUGGAAUGUCUGUAGACCGUUGCUGCGACUGUCAGUUUCCUUGUAGCACUGAAUGACCCAAUUUUAUUUCGUCACACUGUGGCAGUAGGUACUUUUCUGUAAGCUCGCCAUUACCUUGCAAAUAAUAAUGUUGUUGUGGGUUUAUGUUCCUGUAAUAAUGAAGAAAACUUAGCUAAAGUUAAGCCAUUGUCAUUAUUUGAACUAACUAGCUAGCAACGACCCAAAACAUUGUUUCGAAAAUUCCUAAUUCUAUGAUUCCAAGACCGUUCUAUUCAUUACAUUUCUAUGUGUGCUGCUGCUGCAUUGUGGGGGGAAUUAGCUCGACUCUGAAGACUCCUUUGCUUGUUUCAGCUAGGGGUGAACAACUCCAGGAUUUUUGGAGUUGUCUCCGACUGCUGUGGUGGGAGUCGAAGGAGUAGACUCUUGCUCGACUCCCAAAACACGCUGAAACGGCUGCACACACACACACACCACCUCAUUAUUGGAGAGUCCUACUAGGAAGUCUAAUUUCGUUUUCUAGAGAGGACUGGCAUGAGCAUGAUGCUGCCCACUUAUCUUAUAAAAAUACUUUUGUUUGAAUAUAGAAGGUGAUGUGUAGGAACUAGAAGGUGAUGUGUCAGUGAUAUUUCUGCUGUGCGCAGCCUUGACCGAGCCCAUGGGAUGAUGUGGUGCAUGCCGAUAAGCUUAUUCUUUGCUGUGUUAUAUAGCCCUAUCCAGACAGGACUAGUAUUACUAGAGACGUUGGUUAUGUAGGCAAAUUAUUAUCCAAGCAUGUGCAUUAUUCCAGAGGACAAUUCACACAGGAUUUGUUUUUUUUAUGACAGAAGCCUGGAGUGGAGGUUUUUAUUCUCGGCGUAAAUAUAUUGUCUUGACGAUAAUAGGCUACACAUAACUCGUGCUUGGCUGCCAAAUGUAUAAGUGACCCCAUAAUAUUUAAAUUGAGGAAGUGUGAUCAUAAAUCAUUAUUUAAGCGAUCCAUGAUAGAUGUCCCUCCUAAUAAAAAUGCCCCCCAUCCUGGUGAUUUGAGCUGCUGGACAGUAUUUGCACUUGAGAUGCGUUUAUGGAUGAGAAAGUGAACUUGCCAUUUAAAUUUUUUUUUAGCUCAGUGCGGAUUCGGGGAUGCCCUGCUUUGCAAUUUAUAGCUAGGACAUCAACAGCCAGAGUUUAAUUAAAUAAGCUAUAGGCAUAAUACUUUUUAUUGCACAUUUAGGUGUAAUUAAACUGAUGUAUUUGUAUUUAUUAGGGAUCCCCAUUAGCUGUUGCCAAGGCACCAAUAUCGUCCGCUAUUAUCCUCAGUAAUUUUUUCAUCCAGGAUAUCAAACCCCGGUGGCUUGUAAUUGUUGAUAGACAACCAUUUUUUUCAACUCUUCCACACUCACUUUUACGGAAUUCAAAAGUACGAUGCUUGUCUUUCAUAAUUUGGUCAGAUAUACUUGGAUGUAGUGUCAGCGUUUGUUGCUGGCAUUUCAUGCCUAAAUUUACUAAUCUUGCCAAUGAAAAAAUCACUAAAGUAGUUGGCAAUAUCAGUGGGUUUUGUGAUCAGAUUUUGUGAUUUUGCCAUCUGAUUCAAUGAAUGGAGCUAAGUUUGCCUUUUAGCCCAAAAUGUCAUUUAAGAUUUUUACUAUCAUUCUUUAUAUAAUGUAUUUUUGUUUCAUAGUAGGCUAUAGUUUCUUAUUUGUAUUUAGUUUAGUCACAAGAUUUCUCAAUUUGCAGUACCAAAUCGGUUGUGCUGCCAGACUUAUUUGCCAUUCCUUUUGCCUCAUCCCUCUCAACCAUACCAUUUUUCAACUCCUCAUCAAUCCAUGGAGAUUUAACAGUUUUUAACAGUCAUUUUCUUAAUGGGUGCAUGCUUAUUAGUAACUGGAAUAAGCAAUUUCAUAAAUGUGUCAAGUGCAGCGUCUGGUUGCUCCUCCUUACACACCACAAACCAGCAAAUAUUAUUUACAUCAUCAACAUAAGAAUCACUACAAAACUUAUUGUAUGACCUCUUAUAUACUAUAUUAGGCCCAGCCUUUGGAACUUUGGUUUUCCUAGAUAUGGCUACUAUAUUGUCAUCACUACAGCCUAUGGAUUUGGAUACCACUUUAAAGCAAAUUUCUGCAGCAUUAGUAAAGAUGUGAUCAACACAUAUUGAUGAUUUCAAUCCUUUGCUGUUUGUAACUACCUGGUAGGUUGACUGAUAACCUGAACCAGGUUGCAGGCACUGGUUAAAGUUUGCAGUUUUUUCUUGAGUGGGCAACUUGAUGAAAGCCAGUCAAUAUCUAAAAACCUCUCUGUUGAUAUCACAUACAUUAUCAAGCAUUUCACACAUAUUAUCCAGAUACUGACUGUUAGCACUUUAGCGAUGUUCAACUUCAAUUCACUGGCACAAUGUAGAAUAGUUUAGCAAUACGCCUACUCGUUGAUAGCCUAAUAUUUAUUUUAAUAUACUUUGUGAAUAUUUGAGGCACUGCAAGACAAGACAAUGCGAGAUAAAGAUUACCAAGUUAUAGCCUAUACGCACGGUUCCGACUGUCUGUCUGCCUGCCCCUCUCUCCCUCGCCUGCUCUUUCUCUUUGCUAUUAAUCUCAGAUUACAUUGCUAUGAAAGAUGGGAGUAUGUGUUUUGUCUUCGGUCUGUUGUGUGUAGAAUAGCUUAGCCUUCUCAUUGAUAGCCCCUACCUGAUAGCCCCUGAUCAUUGCAUUCAUUUGCUUAGCCUAUUAUUAGACCAUAAACGAGGUGGAGAUGGAGCUGAAACACUGGAAUCCUCUUCUCACAGGGCAUCUUUCAUUCGAGGGAAUUUCAGACUCAAACUGGUUUCCCAUUUUUGGCCCAAUGUAAACCUAGACCCAAAUGUGUCAUUUGCCACUGUCCAAUGAGAUAGUUUGAGAGUUGAGACAAACAUAGUUUUAUUUUCCUGAUUGAUGAUAUUACUUUAGAGUCCACUGCCCGAGUCUGUAUUGCUGAUGACUGGCCAGUGAACCCUCAGUAAAUAAGCAUACUGGUUUGCUUUUAAUGAUCUGUUAUCCGUUAUAUAUUAGCUUUCCAGUAGGAAAUGAAAUUAAACACCCCUAUGCUCGUUAACAUAGUCAGACCAGACAGUUCCUCUGACUGAGGCAUUUGGGAGAUUGUGGUGUGAGGACUUGGCGGAGUUCAGCCUGGCAUUAAUGGUAGUAAUGGAGCGUUCGGACCCCUUCACAACAGCACGUCCCCAGUUUUCACUCGGGGCUAGGUUCUACACAUUGACUUUCUUUCACUGAGCAAAACCAGAUUGCUUUGAGUUACAGGGGCAGCACUUAGACAUCAACUGAUGAAGAGUGUCUUCGUCCAGGGUGUGUGUUCACUGUCACUGUAUUAUAGCUGGCGAUAUAUGGCUAGUAUAUUUGAUUGUUAAGCAAAGAAUGAGAACUUCCAGGACUCACAGAAUGCAGUUUCUUCCUAACCCUUUGCGCUCCCUCUGCUGUCCUCAGUUGUGAAAGCAUGAGGCUUUCUACAGUUUUAUACUCUGGCAACAUCAAAAGGAAAAGCAGUUAUGAAGAUUUAAUGUCCAAUAAUAAAAUGCAAAAACAAAAGCAGCAUAAAGUGACCACUGUGGAAAACUAAGCUGUGAGAAGAUACUGUAUCUACUUCCAAAUCACAUUGAAUCUCACACAACCAAGAGUAGGAUGCAAAGUUUGCAUUGAUGAUUUGACUGACCAAACUUGUCUCUCUCUUACACAGGUAUCGCAAUCCCCAUUCCCAUCAAGGGGCUGAGAAACUACCAUCUUCCAAACAAUGUUACCUUUAACAGCAACCACACCUGCCUAUUGAAACCAGACAGCUUCCGAGAGUUCAUCAUGUUUGGCUCCAUGACAGCUUUUUUCAUCCCUUUAACCAUCAUGAUGGUCAUCUACCUGCUCACCAUUCAGGUGUUGCGCAAGAAAGCUUUUCUGCUCAGGUCAAAGGUCACCCAGCGUUUCACUCGCCCAACCGUCUCCACAGUCUUCCAGAGGGAGCAGUCCAUGGCCUCUCCCACAACUGAGAAACUGCCGGGAAACCCCACCUCUCCCACCAACCCCAUCACAAGUGACGAGAUCCCCAUCCGUCGCAUGUCCACCCUGGGCAAGAAGUCCAUGCAAAACCUGACCAAUGAGCAGCGUGCCUCCAAGGUGCUGGGCAUCGUCUUCCUGCUGUUUGUGGUCAUGUGGUGCCCAUUCUUCAUCACUAACAUCACCUCUGUGCUUUGUGCCAGCUGCGACGUCCAUGUGAUCGGCAGUCUGAUGGAGAUCUUUGUGUGGGUGGGCUAUGUGUCAUCAGGUAUCAACCCGCUGGUCUACACCCUCUUUAACAAGACCUUCCGCCAGGCCUUCACACGCUACAUCACCUGUAACUACAGCAGCAUCAGUAAUGGGCCAGCCAGCCAUACAAGAGAACAGCAUUUCUGUAGGAAUCUGACACGGAUCUCCUUCCGUUCAUCUGUGGCGGAGAACUCUAAGCUGUUCAUGAAGCGGGGAAUGAAGAACGGCAUCGGGCCGGUGAGCUAUCAGAGUCAACUGAGCCGUCGGCAAGCACCAAUGCAGUCAUCUAGCAGCGUUCUCCUGGACACUCUGCUCCUUACCGAAAAUGAGGAUUGCAAACCCGAAGAGCAUGUCAGUUACUUGUAG